AUGUCUACAGCGUCUACCCAAUCCCGAGGCGUAAACCGGCGGGUGAACAGUAUCCAGAAUGAAAACCGUCAUUCGCGCAACCUUUCGCUUUCUCGCCGACGUACGGUGAGCUCCUCGGCGGCCUACUCCUACGCUCUUCGGACUGCAUACCUCGCUCAUCUGCUUCACCCGCGAGCACGCCGUGUUCAGAAUGCGCCGGCUCCUCAACAGAGGCCGAAGAGGUCUUCUACCUCGUUUCAGGACCUCAUGAGUGAUUUCUCCCUUAUACGAGAUUCUAAAAGCUCCAGAUUCCCCCACGGCUUCAUAUCCGAGCUCGAAAAGAGGUUGACAGGAGUUCUGAUGGGGAAGGAAAGAAGAAAAGAAUACCAAGAUCCGCUGGUUGUUCGGACAUUUGCAGCAUUUCUCAAUGCCCUCAAAGAUCAAUCAUUCAAGAAGCGAAUGGAGAAGGACCGGCGCGCGGAGGAUCUCGUCCUUAUCUUCUAUUCCAACGCGACCAAGGAACUGAGCAAGGGCAAGGAGCCAGAUGAUGAUAGCUGGAGGUUCAUGGUGGAUAGGCACGUUGCGCUUUUCGUUCGCUUGUUCGCGCUUAUCUUGAAAAGCAACGACUGGGCGAAAGAGCGACCGGAGCUCGCAAUUCGAUUAUCAACAUUGGAGACCAAGCUUCUCUCCCAAGACCAAGAUCUCAUGCAGACAUCUGGCCCAUCCACUAUCGAAGUGGUUGCGCCCUUGAGCUACGACGUGAAGGACAUGCCCCUCGUGCAGCAUGUUGCGAGGGUAUUCCACGUGGGUCUCUCCCAGGUCCAAGCUGAUAUUGACGGCCAUCGAGGAGUGUGGACUGAGCAAGCGGCGCUACGGGAUCUCAAAACUUACCAAACUCAUCUGAGCCUCAAGACUGGGAAAUCACUCUCUGUGGAUGACUUUGAAGACGCAGAAGCAUAUGAAGCUUGGAAAAAGAGCGAAGGGCCGGAUUUGUCACAGAUGAUGCUCGCCAUAAUGCAGUCGAACCCUGGGCUCGCCAAAAACACAUCUGGUGGUACUCUUCCUCAGUUUAACGCAGGCGCAGCCGACCAGCAUGGUGACCAAGCAAGUACCGGUCGGCCCAUAUCGUACGUGAUUGACCAGCCCGUGGAUAUAAGCUCACUGUCGCUUAACGACGAGUCGGGGGAAUCCGACACAUACACAUACAUACCGCUGGACCCGAGAUCGGUAUAUGGCACAAUCCUAGCCCAAGCCUUAAGCUAUGACUUGAAGGACCGCGACCUCGAGGCUACACCAGCCACAUCGGACGUACCUUCCAUGAAACUGCUCUCAAAGCAAUCAACUGAGAUGUUGAACGAAAUUUGUCUCCGCUGGAGAAUUCCCGCGUGCUCCAGAAUCGUCCUGUUUCUGGACGUUGUACGAUCGAAGUUUGUGGAUAAUGAGAUUGACCUAGACACCCUGGACUCGGCGUUCACUUUCAUCAAGGAAAUACCGUCUUCGGAAGGCAAAAAACGCAACAGUUUUGUUUCCUCAGUUCUUUAUGAUAGGCACAAGUGGACCGUGCACGACAGGCUGAUGAUGCGUCAAAUACUCUCCUCCCUGCAUGAGGCUAUUCUAAGGGAGCUGUACGACGUAAUGAUGGAUUGCUACGAGGCUAAACCGCGCCCAAUCGGCCCGGUGAUGUACGUUUUGGAGAAUCAUAUACAGCUUGACCCGGACUAUUCCGAGGACACGAGUGAUAUCGAACGCUUCCAGUCAUAUGUUCAGGACGGUCUGGCGGAGAAGGCAACUGAGAAAUAUCAAAGUAUUCUGGGGCAGGAGGUCCCAGUUGAACCUGAGGAAUGGGAGUUGGACCAUGUCAUCCAGCUUUGCGAUGCUGUCACGAAACAUUCGGAAAAAAUCCGUAAGCGGUACCGAAAAAACCCAGAGAUCAUGGGGGUUAAUCCCUAUGAGAUAUUAUUAGCAAAUACCCUUGUAAUAUUUGCUGAAGACAUUCACCAAUUGAUGGUGCGAAUCAUUGAGAUGGAAAAGACUAGGGAGGAAGAGCUUGACAUGAACGACGCUUUUCACCUUUACAAGCAGCUCUGUGGUGUGCGAGGAUUGUUUGCUAACGCACUUCCUGACUCUUCGUUCCCGUUUCACAUCGAAGAUGUAUUAGAAGACUUUGUUUGGAGGUGGAUGCGUCUUACUGACCAGAAGAUCAUGGAGUGGGUUGAGCAAGCACUACGACAAGACAACUUCACAAUCCCCGAGGGUACCUCGACAUCGGAAGAGUCUAGGCACAGUGUGUCUGUUAUUGAUAUAUUCCGCUCGUUCAAUCAAGUCAUUGAGCAGAUGAUACAACUCAACUGGGCGGACGAGUUUCAGUACGCGAAAUUCAUGACUGCUUUGUCGAAAUCGAUAGGUGGAGCUGUGGCCAAAUACUGUGAAGCAGUGGAAAAGAUGUUUGCAAAGGAAAUGGAUCGCCUUUCACCAGAUCAGGAGGCCGCUUUGAACCAGACGACGCAGGAAAAGCUAAUGCAAUUCGCAAAGGAGGCAUGGAACAACAAAGAAAAGAUUGAGCCAUUCCAGUUCUUCCCCCAGUCUUUGGUCAAGCUAAACAACAUUGAAUAUGCCCUUACCCAACUCGACAGGCUCGAGCGUGAGGUAAACGUCGAUGGCUGUGCGGAAGCGAUUGCCCGGCAUAGUCCUCCAACCCUUCAGAAGAUACGCAAAUCAACAACAUAUGUCUUCACCAUCAAGGUCGUGGAAGCGGAAGAUCUCAAGGCCUGUGACAUGAAUGGAGGCAGCGAUCCGUACGUCGUUUUGAAUGAUGAAUUUCAGAAACGAAUCGGAAAGACGCGCAUCAUCUACAACAACCUUAACCCGCGGUGGGAUGACACAGCAGAGAUCACUACCAAUGGUCCUCUAAACGUCAUCGCUACAAUCUGGGACUGGGAUGCAGUAGGUGACCACGAUUAUGUUGGACGUACAUCAAUCAAGCUUGAUCCUGUCCAUUUCAGUGAUUUCUUGCCGAGGGAGUACUGGCUGGAUUUGGAUACACAAGGUAGACUCUUGCUCCGGGUAAGCAUGGAAGGAGAACGUGACGACAUUCAGUUCUAUUUUGGCAAGGCAUUCCGUACCUUAAAGCGAACGGAGAGAGACAUGACGCGGAAGAUCACGGAAAAGCUGACCUCGUACAUCAACCAUUGCUUGUCUCGAAGAACUCUGAGGUCAUUACUAUCGCGAGGCAUCGGUUCCACUGUGUCCAAUUUCCUGAAUCGCAACCGGGCCCAACAAUCCACUGUUGCACCGUCAAGCGCAGAUGUUGAGAACGCAUUGACACCCCUUUUUGAUUAUUUCAACGACAAUUUUGCAAUCAUGGCGGAGUCUCUCACUCCCGAAGCCAUGAAAAUGGUCAUGGCUCGUCUAUGGAAGGAGGUUCUGGCCACUAUUGAGAGCCUGCUUGUGCCCCCUCUUUCAGAUAAGCCAUCGCAUCAGAAACCCCUUACUAUGCAAGAGGUCGAAAUCGUCUCUCGCUGGCUCGUGCUUCUACUCAACUUCUUCCACGCCCCAGAUGAAGAAACAGGUGAAGCGGCUGGUGUUUCCAUCGACAUCUUGAAAUCGCCGAAAUACCACGAUAUCCAGAGUCUCAACUAUUUCUACUUUGAACCUACAGACAACCUCAUUCGCACAUCAGAGCGGAUGGCUUCUGCCACAAUCUCCCGGCAACAAGCCAACAAGAAUCGAGCCUCCGCGCCUCCUGGCCUCGGAGGCCAUGCUAGCGUGCUCGCCGUCCCAGGUGGACGACGUGCCAAAAGUAUCAUGCACUCGCGGAACUUAGGUACAAUGAAGAAGGCCAAGGCAGAGAAAUGGCGUGAGGCGCAGGCAGAUCCAAACGAUGAUAUGAUUCUGCGUAUUCUCCGGAUGCGUCCUGAAGCUGCUGGGUAUCUUCGUGACCGCAGUCGCCAGAAAGAGCGACUUGCUGCGGCGGCGGCAGCGGAUGCAAUCGUUAAGCAAAGCCUCAUGGCUAACGUGGGGGGACGGAUGUCUGGUACAUUGGGACGUCGAUGA